CCCUGGGGCGGCCGGGUGGCCCCGGGGGGGCCGGGGGCGGGGAGCGGGCGGCCGGCACCGCCCCGGCCGACAAAAGUCCCUUCAGUUCGGCCGGCGGCAGGGGAAGUCCCGGCGCCUGGCGCUGCCACCGUCCCGUGCCGCCCCGCACCGCCGCGCUCCGGCCGCCCGCCCGGCCGCCACCCCGGCGGCCAGAUGCCCCGAUGCCCCGCGGGGGCCAUGGACGAGGGGCCCGUGGACCUGCGCACCCGGCCCAAGGCCGCCGCGCCCCCCCGCGCCGCGCUGCCCCUCCGCAAGCGCCCCCUGCGCGCGUGCUCGCCCGCGCCCGCCGCCCCACGCGAUGCCCCCGGCCCAGUGCUCCCCGCCGAUGCCCGGUGCUGCGGCUCCGGCUCCGGCUCCGGCUCGCCAGCCCUGCCCGCGCCGCCGCCCGGCCUGGUGCGGCCGGAGGCGCUGUACUACCCGGGACCCUUGCUGCCCUUGUACCCCACUCCCACCACGAACGCCCCCUUUCCCCUGCUGAACCUGCCUUCACCCCUGUGCCCCAUGAUGUACUCCAUGGAACACCCUCUGUCGGCUGAUAUCGCCAUGGCGACCUGUGCAGAUGAGGACGGAGACACGCCACUCCACAUUGCCGUGGUGCAGGGUAAUCUCCCCGUUGUGCAUCGGCUGGUCACCCUCUUCCAACAUGGAGGCCGGGACCUGGACAUCUACAACAAUCUCCGGCAGACGCCGCUGCAUCUGGCUGUGAUCACCACCUUGCCGACGGUGGUCAAGCUCCUGGUGAUGGCUGGUGCCAGCCCCAUGGCCCUGGACCGCAAUGGUCAGACAGCGGCCCACCUGGCAUGCGAGCACCGCAACCCCAACUGCCUGCAGGCGGUGCUGGACAGCGCCGCCCCGGGCACCGUCGACCUGGAGGCCCGCAAUUUCGACGGGCUCACGGCCCUGCACGUGGCCGUCAACACUGAGUGUCAAGACUCUGUGAGGCUCUUGCUGGAGCGCGGAGCUGACAUCGACGCAGUGGACAUCAAGAGCGGCCGCUCGCCGCUCAUCCACGCCGUGGAAAACAACAGCCUGGACAUGGUGCAGCUGCUGCUGCAGCACGGCGCCAACGUGAACGCUCAGAUGUGCUCGGGCAACUCUGCGCUGCACUCGGCGUCGGGCCGCGGGCUGCUCCCGCUCGUGCGCACCCUGGUCCGCAGUGGCGCGGACAGCGGCCUCAAGAACUGCCACAACGACACGCCGCUGAUGGUGGCGCGCAACCGCCGGGUCAUAGACAUCCUGCGGGGAAAAGCCACGCGGCCCCCGCCUGCACCCCCAGAGUCCUCCCCCAAGCGCCGGGCCACACCCUCCCCUGAAAGCAGCCACCUCAGCUCUAAUGGUCUGCUGCCCGCCUCGCCGGCCUCACCGCCUUCCCAUGCUCCUCCCAAGAAGUUCUGCAGAUACCCCGCGGUGGCCCCCAGCUUUCUCUGCUCUCCCUCCUCCCCUACUGCCUUCCUGCCCUUUCCUGGAGUCCUUCGAGGCCCUGGCCGGCCAGUGCCCCCCGCCCCGGCUCCAGGAGGCAGCUGAGAAGAAUGGGGGGUGGGGAGGAGGCAGAUGUCGGACUCAUGAGGAGGGACCCCCCUAGGCCCAGUGGGGUCAGCCCUCCUGGAAACUGUGAAACUGCUCACUCUGCCCCCCACCCCUCCCCCAGUCUUUGGGACCAGAUUUGCACAGCGGCACAUGCGUCUCUUCUGAGCACUGUUGUUCCACCCACCCCCAUGAUUCUCAGGCACCCGCCCUCUCUCUGCAGUUCCACCCAAACAGUCCCUUCCUGGGAGCCGGUGGAAGCAGGAAACCCCCCUCUCUCCUUUGCCUUCGACCCCACUCAACAGACAGGGAGAAGAGGGCCGGGCCGGGCACUGAUAGCAAUGUAAAUUAUUAGGCAUUUUGGUUGGAUUUCUUUUGUAAUAAACUAUUUUUGUACCAUGUUGCUUGCGGGGCCCCACUUGCAGGGAGUGAAGAAAAACAGGUGGAUGUUUGCAAGCCUGUCCCCCAUAUCCAGGCUACUCGGUGAGGGGCUCCCAGAGAUCUCAGAUAGAUGCCAUGUGGUGAUGGGAUUCCAGUAAGCUUGGGGUGAAUGGGAAUGACGGGGAUGAGCCUUACCCACGAGACCCAUAGGCACCCGGGAUGCGUGCGCACACCUAGGUGUGGUUUUCUUGGGGGAUUAUGCAGUUUGGGGGUCCCCAUUCAAGAGCCAGAUUUGCCACAGCUUUGCAGGUGCGUGUGGAUAUGUGGGAGCAGUUGGGGCCAUCUCAGCCACAUUUGUCCUCCCUGAUAAACCUCAAGUGUCGCCGUGGGCCAGAGUGAUAGUACAAAGGGUAGGGCGUUUGCCUUGUACGCAGCCGACCCGGGUUCAAUCCCCAGCAUCCCAUAUGGUUCACCGAGCACCGCCAGGAGUAAUUCCUCAGUACAGAACCAGGAGUAACCCCUGAGCAUCGCCAGGUGUGACCCAAAAAGCAAAAAUAUAAAACAAACCAAAAAAAAUCAAGUGUUACUGUGUUGCAGCACCACAAAGCCCCCUAGUCAGCCCGUUUUGGUUUUGGUUCUUAGUUUGGUUCUUAGUUUGGGGGCUAUCCCCAGUGGUGAUCCUGGGGGUGCUCAGGGGACCAUCUAGGAACCGAGUUAACUGAAUGCCAGGUAGACGCCCUCUUCUCCCGUCCCCUGUACUAUCACUCUAGUCGUGUUGGCGGUUCUAGUGGUCAGAAGUCUCA